AUGGCACCGACUGCCCUACCUAAUUCUUAUGCUGAAGCCUUGGCCAUCGGCAAGCAGUCCCGCGCAGGCGCUCUGGGGCUACUCAUCUAUGAUUAUUUACUUACUUUAGACCUCGAGGUCGACGUCCUUUGGAGACAGCGCAAACGCUCGCGACUGUGCUGGCUGUACUUCUUUAAUCGGCUCUUCCCCCUCAUCUGGCUGGUCCUAGAUCUUGAGCUUCCUGUCAUCUCUACCGACACAGGAUGCUACUACUCUGGCAUCUUCUCAAUUUCAGCGUUCUUCUGGCUCCCCGCCUUGUUAUACGAGCCACUUCUGUGCAUUCUCGUCGUGUGGAAGGCGUGGGGUGAGGACCGGCUAGACCGUUUCCGGCGCGACCGUAGGGAAUCUUCUCGCCAGAGCCAUCAUCUCACGAUUGACUCGGGACGGCUCGUGAAAGCUUUUGCUCAAGACAGUGUGGUUUACUUCAUUGGGGUCUUCAUUCAGCUCGCUCUCAGCACCAUCGUAUGGUCGCAUUAUAAUGGGUAUAUCAAUAUGGUCGUGCCAUGGUCCGGGGCGCUGCCCUCGAUCCUUGGUUCCCGCCUUUUCCUGCACAUGCGCGAGGCCAUGCUCUUCCCCCAGCGGUAUGGAGAUCUGUUGGGCGCAAGUACUUUGGGCAGAAUCAGCGUCCCGAGCACUGUGUAA